AUGGGGCACGGGGGGCUGCAGCCUCACACGGCCCGGGGGACAGUGCUGUCUGCACGGGCUCAGAGGCACGGCUGCCAUAGAUCUCACACACGUGCUCAGGUCCCCACUGGUGCCCUCAGCGGUGUGGUCCCUCAGCUGGUGGCGGUGCCCCAGCCCUGCCGGAGCUGCCGGCGGCAGCAGCCGAGGCUGCGAGCGCCUGGCUCAUCCCGCUGGCAGCGCCUUCCGCGCCGCUCGGCCUCCUGUGCCAAAGCAGCGCGGCCGUGGCUCGGGAGCCGCCGGGAGAGCAUCCCAGCGAGCCCGGAGCGCCCCGCCUGCAGCACGGAGCGGGCCCGCAGAGCAGGGCCAGACCGCCCCAGCUGCGCGGGGUGUGACCCCCGGGGGACGCGGCCCGAGAGCCGAGUCUUCCUCAGUACAAACUUUGCGAGAGCCGAUCCCCGCUCCCCAGAAGCCUCGGGAAGGGGAAAAACCGGGAGCCGGCCUUCAAACUUGGGGCGCCGUCCCGAAGCGCCGCUGGAGCCCCCCGAGCUCCCCGGUCUCAACCCACCUGUGGCCGCCGGCUGCCGCCCGCCGCUUCCCCCGCGCUCCAUCCGCGGAGCCCCGCGCAUCCCGGAGAGCAGCACAGACAGACGGCAGGGGAGGAGGUGUCCACCGGGAAUCGCUCAGAGAGAGGAGGAGGAGGAGGAUGGAGACAGCCCCAACUGGCGCCUCCCGGCCGGGCCCAACAGGGCUCCACUCUGCCCUCCCGGCACGGCUGCUCCCGGCUCCGGUGCGGCAGCAGCGGGAGGAGACGUGAGGUUCUCCCCGGUGAGUGAUUUUGCCGGCUCCGUGGAUGAUUGGGCACAAAUGCAGAUCAGCUUCCUCAUCCCGAAAGAAGAGACAUUCCCCAUCAGCGCUGAGACAAAGCUGAGCGCCUCCUCCCACCACCCAGAGCCAGACAGGAAUGAAACGCGGAGCGACAGCAUCAGGAGCAGCGCCGGCAUCCCAGCGCGGAGCUGCUGCCGGCUCGGGAGCACACCCGCUGCUGGCAUUCCCGGGGAGCUGCAGGAGCUUCCCCCAGCCCUGCUGCAGGAUAAACCUGUGGGGAUUUUAAACGGAGCUAAAGAGACCACAGAUGAAGCCCAGGGCCAGCUGAAAGCACCUUUGAAAACAAAGAAGCCCAGUGAAUUCAACAAAACCUCCAGUCCAGCUGCCAAAUUGUCUGCUGGUCCCAUCAGGUGGUGAGAGCUGGAGAUAUCCAUGGACUUCCAUCAGGAACGAGUCCUGCUGCCCUGGAGAGAGGAAAUUGCAAUUUCCCAUAGGGAAGAGAAACUGGGCAAGGGGUGCAGGGUGCCUUCCACAGCUGGUAAAUACUCAGAAUUCUACUUUGGGGUGAAAAAAGUGUUUUCCAGUACAUGCCACAUGCUCACACUGAGGUUUGUUCCCCAGAACCUGCCCGUGCCAAGCUACACACUUCAGUUUAACAACAGGAGAGCCCAUGGAACUUGAAACGUCUUUAAUAAUAUAAUAUUUACUCUCUCGCAAUAACAUCAAGGCUAAUAAGGCCAGAGGAGAGAAAAAAAAUCGUCCUACAUCUCAGGAUGUUUAUGUAAGGUGAAGACUAAACUUUCCUGAAGUAGGAACUUUUCCAAAACCAGACAAUCCUCCCUGGAAAAAAAAAAAAAUCAGUAAUAAAUUUAUGAGAUGAAGUUGCAAAAGAAAAAUACCAGAGUGCUGUGGGAGACAGACAGAAACACGGAUCUUUCUCUUUCAGGACCAUACUUUUGGCCAGCUGAAUCACAAGGAAGCUGCAUCCUGAAUGGGAUGAUCAAGAAGCACUAAAUUUGUCUGAAAAAAAAAAAAAAACAACUCCUAAAAAUCUCAUUUACCCAUCAGCUAUUGCAGACUGCAAGAAAAAAAAAAUCAGCAAAUUUCCAUCUGAAUGCUCUGGCCACAUUUUGUCCACUGGGUUAUUAUGAGCAGCAGUUCCAGCCUGUCACUGAAACCUGAGCACAGAGGAGAUGCCUUUGCCCUGCCUGCUGCUCCACCUCAGGCCCUCAGUUUAUAUUCCAUUUACAAAGCAAGUGCUGUUCUCCACUUCCCAAAUCCCAUCUUUUAGCUGGAGCACACAUUUUCCUGGCACUUGUUCUGUUUCGCUACCCAGCCUCCUGUGUUUGAAAUGUCUCUGCCAUGUGGGAAGCACGCAGGGACCUGUGCUCUUCCCCUGCUCCUGUGCGCCUGCAGGUGCCUGCAUUUCAGCACAGAGACAUUUUUAUCCACCUCCCGCCCCUCCCCAUCCGUGCCUGAGCUGUUUGACUCAAAUCUGAGCCGUUUCUCAGGGCCUGUCUCACAGCCCAGUCAACACAGAGGGAACCGGUGCCAAAAACCCAUUUCUUUCUGAUCUGAUUGUUUGUUUUCCUGCCUUUCCAGUUUGGGAUUUUUGACAGGGAGCCAUGUGAAACCAACUGCUCAUUGUUUACUGGGAAGCCUGCGGCAGCGUUUCAGUCAUUUCGCUCGCCAGAGGACCCGAGGAGAUGAUGGAAAGUCAAUUAGCUCCCUGCAACAACCUCUUUGGCAAAGCUCUUUGGUGUCCACACACACAGAACAGCCAACCCAAACGGGUGCCCUGGGAGUCAUCCUCCCACCGGGGCAAAGCUGCUCCUGCUGGGCUGCCCUGGUUCCUCCUGCCCUGCUCCCACAGCUGGAACCCUGGGCACGGAGAAUUUCAGACUCUCUGAAAGAGGAGGUGCUGACCUCCCCAAGCAAACACUGCAUUCGACCUGAGGCCGUGGAGAAGACUUCCAAAAUUGAAUGAUUGCACUGGGAUUAUGGGUGUGUGGUUUGAAUAGAAGUGUGGUUUUCCACCAUGUUCCAUGUGGUGGAAAACUUAGAUUUUAAAGUUUAAAGAUAUAGUAAAGAUAUAGUAAUAUAUACAUACAUACACACAUACAUACAUAUAUAUAUAUAUAAAGCAAGAUGGAGGUUUUAGGGCAGAGGCCAGUCCUUCUUUUUCAUCUUUUUCUUCACGGGUCUGGGUGGUGUUUUGUAAUUGGGUAGAAAAGUCUGCAUUGGGGACCACAGGUAACCACCAGUGGUUAUUGGGUUAAAAGUAAAAAUAAUUUAGGUGUCAUUUCUUAAUUGGACUGUUUGUCCUUAAAAGGCCUUGUAGAGAGAGAUACAGCUCCAUUUUUAGUUUGCUAGCUUGAAGUGCUGCAGAACUCACAGUUUGUAAGAGUGUAAUAUAGAUAAGAAUUAAUAAACAUCUGAGU